AUGAAUCUCUGUGAAAACAAAACAGUGACGGACUUCUACAUCUUGGGUUUCUCUACUUUCGAAACGGUAAAAAUCCCCCUAUUUCUUGGAAUUAUGAUAAUGUACUUGUUGACCAUCCUUGGCAACCUGGUGAUCACUACUCUUAUCUGUUUGGUGUCCAAGCUGCAUACUCCAAUGUAUUUCUUUUUAUGCAACCUUUCUUUUGUAGAUGUUAUGUACGUCUCAUCCACUCUUCCAAAACUACUGUCCAUCACAAUAACGCAGGAUAACAAAAUUUCCUUCGAUGGCUGUAUAGCUCAGCUGUUUUUCUUUACAUUCAGUGCUGUCUGUGAUAUUUUUGUAUUAACAUCCAUGGCUUUCGAUCGCUAUGUAGCAAUCUGUAAACCUUUGCAGUACACACUGAUCAUGAACAGAAGAGUGUGCAUCACAAUGUCAGCGUUUUGUUGGAUUGUGUCUGCUAUGAACUCGUUAUUGUUAACCUUGCUUACAGCCGUCCUGAAAUUUUGCAAUUCCAACAAAGUCAGCCAUUUCUUUUGCGAUCUCAAGACAAUGACUGGGCUUUCGUCAAGUUAUACUACAAGUAGGAAAACCUUCAUGUUGAUUGAAGACAUUAUUAUUGCCUUUGUGCCAUUCUCACUCACUAUAACAUCCUACGUACAAAUUAUCUCCACGAUUUUGAAGAUCCGUUCUCCUGAAACACGACUUAAGGCUUUUUCCAGUUGCACGUCUCACCUCACCACUGUUAUAUUAUUCUAUGGUCCGAUAUUAAUUGUGUAUAUGAAGCCUGAUUCGGAGCACUCUAAAGAACAAGAUAAUUUGAUUUCUUUACUGUAUGUGGCUGUGGUUCCGAUGUUAAAUCCAUUUGUCUAUAGUCUGAGGAACAAAGAUGUAUUGAAUGCUGUUCGAAAUGUAGUUUCAAGAAAGGAUUAA